AAAGCAUCUAUAUAAGUAAAGAAUGUCUGUGUUUUGUCCUCGUAGGUACGCCUGCAGCCUGGUGUAUUACGGUUUGACGCUGGGUGCUGGAGAGACUUCAGGAAAUCGCUUUGUCAAUGUGGCUAUGUACGGCCUUGUAGAGCUGCCCGCAUACCCGCUCUGCAUUUACUUCAUCAACAAACACUGGGCUGGGAGGAGGAAGAGCAUGGCUGGAUUCUUGGGUCUGGCUGGUUCGGCCUGUCUGCUCACCAUGUUUAUCCCUCAAAACACAGAGAUGCUUUUGAACGUGACCUCUUUGGCGCUGUUGGGCAAACUCAUGGUGAGCGCCGCCUUCAACAUCACCUAUGUGUACACGGCAGAGCUCUACCCAACAGUUAUCAGGUAA